UCACCUCCUGCGUGCUCUGGAUGCGCCUCGAUUUAUCGUGUUGCUCUACAACAUGCUCCUUCGUCGAUCUCGUCUUCUAAACCUCAAGCGGCCUAACGGAUAGCGACUCUGGCGUCAGCGGCGCAGACCGCCUUGCAACUCGACAAUGCUGUUACCUUUUAAUCAGGAAUCAUGGAUCUGGUAUACAUGCGCUGUAUGCAUGAUCGGGGCAAGAUUAAUUUCGCGAAAGAUGCUCUUUCGAUCCGUCAAAGGCCUACAGAUGGACGACUGGACCAUGGGCCUCUUCGUCACCGCUGCCUACACUGUUAUGAUCGUGCUCGCGAAUCGAUGGCUGAAAGUCCAAUCGAACCUUGAACCGGAGAAUUUCGAUUUCAGCGCACUGACUGUGGAAGAACUGACGAGACGACGAUUCGGAAGCAAGCUCGUGGUUGUUGUAGAACAGAUGCAUAUCGCCGUGAUCUGGGCCUGCAAAGCUUGUCUUUUGAUCAUGUAUCAUCGCAUAACACGGACGGCUCUUCAAAAGGAAAACAUUGCCAUCAAACUCCUCGCCGCGUACACAGCCCUUGGAUUCGUCGUUAUAGAGGUUCUCUACUUUUCAGCUUGGUGUCGGCCUUUUUCCGCAUACUACGCAGUCCCGACGACGUCCUUCCAAUGCAACGCGUUGGUACACCACCGCAUCACCAAAGCCGUGUUCAACAUAUCCUCGGAUUUAAUCAUGCUAUGCAUCGCAUUGCAGAUGCUCAUCCGAUCUUUGCUACCCAUGAAGAGAAAGCUUAUACUUUGUGGCAUUUUCUCUCUCGGUAUCUUCGUUGUUGCUGCGAGCAUCAUGAACAGCUACUACUCCUUCAGCAACCCGUACAAGUCGACAUGGAUCUACUGGUACGUCCGGGAAUCGUCGACAGCUAUCCUUGUCGCAAAUCUGCCGUUCACAUGGACGAUAUUGAGGGAACUGUUCGACAUGGGCAACUUCGAUGAUACGAACCCUCCCCCAUGGACCUAUCAUUCUGCUCGUACGGCUGGAGGUCGCAAAACGGCACAGCUACUUCACCACCAGUCUGCGACAACGGCCGCACGCACAGGAGCCAGACGAUCGCCGAACAACAGCAAUGGAAGCAAGAUGACGCAGACUAUGAGUAUGGUUGCUUCAAACAUCACAAAAGACCAAACCAAAUCGCCUGCCAUUAGCCAUAGGUCUAAUUUUGCGGAUAAAGAUCUCCUUCAAGAAGCCAUUCAGUCUCAUGACUUUGCGCCCGCAGUACUAUGUACUAGCAAAGACAGCAUCGUCGACAUCGACUUGGAAACAGGGCUGGUUGAGGAAGUCGAUGCACGGCCAGUCUCUCCCAACCACAGACAGCAACGUAAUAAGCUAGUCUCGGCUCCGCCUACAAUCACCCAAGACGGCACAGGCGGCUUCUACGUCAACGACCAUCCUAUCCCACCACCUUCGCGCGCGCAUCUUGUCCUUUCGAUGAGCGGAACGCGAUCUAGCAGUGUAUCGAGCACACAUAGGAGACCUUUGAGUCCGACAUCGAGUCUUGUCAGUGGUUAUACCGGAAGUCGACGUGGAAGCGCGUCGACCCAGGGCGGAGUGGCUGGACACACAGCGGGCGGAGGUAGAAGCGCAAGAGAUCGAAGAGCGAGAACGAAGAUGAAUGAGUAGAGCGCCUUAUGAAGAUUGAUGGAACAAGUAACAUAUACCCCUUGCAAGCGAACUGCUUUAUUAUACAUAGACUAAAACCUCUAAUGUAAUCUAAUACCUUACACUUAUU